UUAAGCAGCGUGAAUGCAGCGCAGCGCUUCCCAUUGACCAGGCAUCCCUUCCGGUAGAUGAGGUCAACUUUUCCCUAGAUCCGCCAUUUCAGUCCCGGAGUUUCUUGUUGCACAUUAGUUUUGCAUUUAAUAGUUUGUCAUUUUAACGUUUAACCUGUUGAUUGUUAGGUUUUGUGGUGCAACAGAAGUUCCGUCAACUUAAACGUAUUAAUAGUACUAGUGGAAGUUGCAAAAAUUGGGGUAUUAUACAGUUUUUUUUCAGGGGAGGCGUUAGUCUACCAAAGUUUUGUAUGAGUUGCGGAUAGGGAGAGGCGAAGGGGAAAGGCCUCAAGCCUCGGACAGGAUUUCACAGCCAUGGCCGGUAAUUUUGAUGCCGAAGACCGUGCUAGCUGGUACUGGGGAAAGCUAAGCCGUCAGGAGGCAGUUUCUCUUUUACAGGGACAGAGACAUGGCGUUUUCUUGGUGAGAGACUCAAUUACCAGCCCUGGUGACUACGUGCUGUCCGUAUCAGAGAACUCCAAAGUGUCCCAUUAUAUAAUCAACAGCAUCAGUAACAACCGGCAAUCUGGCUCAGGUAUUGCUCCUCCUCGUUUUCGGAUAGGGGAUCAGGAGUUUGAAGCGCUGCCGGCUCUGUUGGAGUUUUAUAAGAUCCACUACCUGGACACGACCACACUCAUAGAGCCCGUAAACAAGGCUAACAACACAGGAUUCAUCAGCUCCCCCUCUGUUGGCGUCCCGCCGCAGCCCGAGGAGGCGGAGUUUGUACGGGCGCUAUUUGACUUCCCUGGCAACGAUGAGGAGGACCUCCCCUUCCGCAAAGGUGAUAUCCUGCGUGUGCUGGAAAAGCCCGAGGAGCAGUGGUGGAACGCUGCUAACCAGGAGGGCCGAGCCGGGAUGAUCCCUGUGCCCUACGUGGAGAAGUACCGACCUGCCUCGCCCACCGCUGCCGGCCUGGGUCCCCCUGUUGUGGGGACUGGACAGGGGGGGCAAGUUGGAGGGCUAGGGGGCAGCACAGACGGAACAGGGAGCCCUCAGGCAAAUCCUCUGGGGGACCCAGGCCAGUACGCUCAGCCUGUGGCCAAUGCCCAGCUCCCUAACUUACAGAAUGGGCCCGUCUAUGCUCGAGCCAUUCAGAAGAGGGUGCCCAACGCCUACGACAAGACGGCACUCGCUCUGGAGGUGGGAGACAUGGUACAAGUGACCAAGAUCAACGUGAACGGCCAAUGGGAGGGUGAGUGCAAGGGCAAACGAGGCCACUUUCCCUUCACCCACGUUCGACUGUUGGAACAGCACCAUCCCGAUGACGAGAGCUGAGAAACGCACGCGCUCCCAUCACCUCGACAGUGUCCAGCACAGCCCUUCCCUUUCGGUCAUUUUGUCAUGCUCAGAAAGAAAAAAGAUUUAUACAAGCACACAGUAUAUGAACCUAUGACCUCAACCGGUCAGGCACUACUGGCCCUGCCAACACAAGACGUGUUGGGUGAUAUUGCCUACUGUCAUUUUGAAAAGUUUACACUUAGGUCAGACUGAUAUCGGUUCCCCUAAAUUAGCUUCUGUCUUCUUUCUUUUUUUUUAAAGUCAGCAUUACACACUGCCAUUGUUGGCUCCCUCUUAAUUACUUUUCCGAAACUUGCAAUUAAAUAUGUCUUGUAUUCAGAAAGAAUUACAUUUUUACAGAAUUGCAGCA